ACCAAAGGACCCAGCCUGUUAUCAUAAUGGAUCAGCACUUAUAUGUUCUGCCGGAGGGUUUUCAGAUGAAGAUGGAGGAAGAAAAUAUUGACACUGCUGAUCCUUUAAUGGCAAUAAAGACUGUAAUUGUUACAUCUAGUCAUGACAGUUUAGAAGUGAAGUCAGAGGAAGAAGAGCUGAACAUUGACAGUCAUGUGUCCACCAUCAAGACAGAAACAGAUACAUUUGCUAUCGAUAGUUCCACAACAAAGUUAGAGGUGAAGUCAGAACCAGAAGACCCGGAUCAUGUGACUACAAUAAAUCAUGUGACUGUUACAUCCACAGAUGAAGAGAAAUCUACUCAGCACAAGAGAAGAGCAAACCUUAGGCUCAUACCACACAUCCAAAAUGUUCGGAGACCUAAUGACUGUAGUCAAAUAGUAGAUGUAUCCCAAAAACCAUUGCAAGAUACUGUUGGAAAAAAUACAGCAUGCACACAGACUAUUAAAGGCUCAAAAGAAAAGGAAGAUUUUCACACAGGGGAGAAGGCAUUCUCGUGUACAGAAUGUAGUAAAAGCUUUGCAGGGAAGCGAGGUCUUCAAAGACACCAGCGGAUUCAUACAGGAGAGCAGCUAUAUAAAUGUUCAGUGUGUGGGAAAUGUUUUAUACAAAAGAGUCAUCUCAUAUAUCAUGAAAGGAUCCACACAGGAGAGAAACCAUUCACUUGUAUGGAUUGUGGAAAAAGCUUUGCAUGUAGGUCAGAUCUCUUAAAACAUCAAAGGAUACAUACAGGGGAGAAACCAUUCACUUGUAAGGAUUGUGGAAAAAGCUUUGCAUGUAAAUCUGAUCUUCUAAAACACCAAAGGAUCCAUACAGGAGAGAAACCAUUCACAUGUACAGAGUGUGGGAAAUGUUUCACACAAAAGAGUAGCCUCACAUCUCAUGAAAUUAUCCACAGAGGAGAGAAACCAUUCCCUUGUUUGGAUUGUGGGAAAGGCUUUACAUCUAAAUCUGAUCUUUUAAAACACCAUAGGAUUCAUACAGGGGAGAAACCAUAUUCAUGCACGGUGUGUGGAAAAUGUUUCUCAAGAAAGAGUAAUCUUACAGUUCAUGAAAUGAUCCACUCAGUAAAGAAGUCAUCUCAUUUAUUGGAUAAGGAGUACACAUGUACAGAAUGUGGCAAAAUUUUUAACCACAGGUCAAAUCUCCUAAGACACCUAAAGGGUCACAAAGGGGUGAGGCCAUUCACUUGUACAGAAUGUGGAAAAAGUUACAGAAGUAAAGCAGACCUCAUACCACACCAAAUGAUUCACACAGGGGAGAAACCAUUCACAUGUGCAGACUGUGGAAAAAGCUUCUUAACAAAGUCAAAUCUCCUAAAACACCAGAGGGUUCAUACUGGAGAAAAACCUUACACAUGUAUGGAAUGUGGCAAAACGUUUUCAUGGAACUCAAAUCUCAGAAGACACAAAAAGUUUCACACAAGUGAGACCUCUCUGAUAUGCACAGAAUGUGGAGAAAGCUUCACAAGUAUGUCCGUUCUCCAAAGACACCAAAAUAUUUGUACAGGAGAGAAGUCUGUACCAUGUACAGAGUGAGAUAUAUACAGAGAAGGAAAAAGCAUUUACCUGUACUCAGUGUAGCAAUACCUUUACAUGCAACGUAUAUUCUCUAAAAUAUAUAACUAUUCACCAGAA